AUGAAACCAGGAAAUGAAUCUUAUGAACCGAAAACAAGACGUCUGCUCCAGUCGUCUGAACACAAGACUUUAAGGGGCGGAGUCACUGUGGGCGGAGUCCCAGGGGGAGGGGUCACAGGGGCCGGCGUCACAGGGGGAGGGGUCACAAGGGCCGGCGUCACAGGGGGUGGGGUCACAGGGGCCGGCGUCACAGGGGGUGGGGUCACAGGGGCCGGCGUCACAGGGGGUGGGGUCACAGGGGCCGGCGUCACAGGGGGUGGGGUCAUAGGGGCCGGCGUCACAGGGGGUGGAGUCACAGGCCGGAUCCAAAACAAACUGAACCUACGGCGAGUCGACGUGGCACUAAAAGCUUCGGAGAAAGUCAACCUCCGGCCGCUGUUGUUUGCCGGAGGUUGUUGCCAAGUGGAUGAUUCCAACAAAGAGAGAGACGUGGGAUUGGAGCCGGGAGUGCACGGGUUUGGUUGA